UCUCGCUGCCGUUGGAUUCACUGAGGAGCAGCAGAGCAGGAGGUGGGACUGGGAUUGGACUGGUGAGAGGUGGUUGUCAGGUGUCCUCUGUUUAUCUGUGAUGACCAGGAUGUAGUAUUGCUAGCGCCGCAAUGGAGGAGACUGUCAUAUGGGAACAGCACACAGUAACUCUACACAGGGCACCAGGGUUUGGCUUUGGGAUAGCCAUCUCAGGAGGUCGGGAUAACCCUCAUUUUCAGAGUGGUGAGACCUCCAUCGUCAUCUCGGACGUCCUGAAGGGAGGGCCAGCCGAGGGCCUACUGCAGGAGAAUGACAGAGUCACGAUGGUCAACGCUGUCUCCAUGGACAACGUGGAGCAUGCAUACGCUGUCCAGCAGCUACGGAAAAGUGGCAAGAAUGCAAAAAUUACGAUCAGACGGAAGCGGAAGGUGCAUGUGCCCAUGGGUCGGCUGGGGGAGAGGGAGACCAUGUCGGAGCAUGAGGAGGAGGAGGAGGAGGACAGUUACGACGAAGAGAUAUACGAGACGCGCUCCACACGCAGCGGCCCCAGUGCCUACAGCGGCGUGGGAGGGGCCUCGGCCCGGCGCAGCGGGAGGAGCACCGGAAGGCGGGACCGGGACAGAGAGCGGGAACGCAGCGGCUCACGUGAGAGGAGUCUCUCCCCGCGCUCCGACCGGCGCUCGCUCAACCAGCCCCCGCGGCCCGCCAAAGUCACCCUCGUCAAGUCCCGCAAGAAUGAAGCAGAAUAUGGCCUUCGCCUGGCCAGCCACAUCUUCGUGAAGGACAUCUCCCCCGAGAGCCUGGCGGCCAGGGACGGAAACAUACAGGAGGGAGACGUAGUACUGAAGAUCAACGGCACGGUGACAGAGAACCUGUCGUUGAUAGACGCUAAGAAGCUGAUUGAGAGGUCAAAGGGCAAGCUGAAGAUGGUGGUGCAGAGAGACGAGAGAGCUACGCUGCUGAACAUACCAGACCUGGACGACAGCAUCCCAUCAGCCAACGCCUCCGACAGAGAUGGUGAGGGACACUACAUAGACAUUUCAGAUAUCCAUUCGGUGGCGUCCGACCAUUCCAACCGAUCCCAUGACAGACAUCGUAGCAGCCGUUCCCGCUCCCCUGACAGGCGCUCUGAACCCUCCGACCACUCCAGACCCUCGCCUCCACAGAUCAGCAACGGCAGUCACAGAAGUCGUGAGGAGGAGAGGAUCUCGAAGCCGACAGCGGUACCAGGCAAGCUAGCGGAGGAGCUUCCUGCCCUGCACAAGCCCCUGGAGCAGCCAGUCACCAGGGAGGAGAAACCGCUACCACCCCCACCAGAGCCCAAGCCAGUAUAUGCCCAGCCAGGCCAGCCUGAUGUGGACCUGCCAGUCAGCCCCUCUGAUGCCCCUGUGCCCAGCGCUGCCCAUGAUGACAGCAUUCUACGGCCAAGUAUGAAGCUGGUGAAGUUUAAGAAGGGGGAGAGUGUGGGUCUGAGGCUGGCAGGGGGGAACGAUGUGGGCAUCUUUGUAGCAGGAGUCCUGGAGGAUAGCCCAGCAGCUAAGGAGGGACUGGAGGAGGGGGACCAGCUUCUCAGGGUUAAUAAUGUGGAUUUUGCUAAUAUAAUCAGAGAAGAGGCGGUGCUGUUUCUCCUUGACCUCCCUAAAGGUGAAGAGGUCACCAUCCUGGCCCAGAAGAAGAAGGAUGUGUACCGGCGGAUCGUGGAGUCUGAUGUGGGCGACUCGUUCUACAUCCGGACCCACUUUGAGUAUGAGAAGGAGUCUCCGUACGGCCUAAGCUUCAACAAGGGAGAGGUGUUCAGAGUGGUGGACACCCUUUACAACGGCAAGCUGGGCUCCUGGCUGGCCAUCCGCAUCGGGAAGAACCACCAGGAGGUGGAGAGAGGCAUCAUACCCAACAAGAACAGAGCGGAGCAGCUGUCCAGUGUGCAGUACACCCUCCCCAAGACAGCAGGGGGCGACAGGGCUGACUUCUGGAGGUUCAGGGGCCUGAGGAGCUCCAAGAGGAACCUGAGGAAGAGCAGAGAGGACCUGUCGGCCCAGCCCGUCCAGUCCAAGUUCCCCGCAUACGAGAGGGUGGUGCUUAGAGAGGCUGGUUUCCUCAGGCCUGUGGUGAUAUUUGGACCCAUCGCAGACGUGGCACGAGAGAAAAUCUCCCGAGAGGAGCCCGAUCUGUUUGAGCUCGCAAAGAGUGAACCUAGAGACGCGGGGAAAGACCAGCGUAGUUCAGGAAUCAUCCGUCUCCACACCAUCAAGCAGAUCAUCGACAAAGACAAACAUGCGGUGCUGGACAUCACCCCCAAUGCAGUGGACCGUCUGAACUACGCCCAGUGGUACCCCAUCGUAGUGUUCUUGAACCCAGACAACAAGCAGGGGGUAAAGAACAUGAGAACCAGGCUCUGUUCCGAGUCCAGGAAGUCCGCCCGGAAACUCUAUGAGAGAGCCCUGAAACUAAGGAAGAACAACCACCACCUCUUCACCACCACCAUCAACAUGAACAACAUGAACGACGGCUGGUACGGAGCUCUGAAGGAGACCGUCCAGCAGCAGCAGAACCAGUUGGUCUGGGUGUCCGAGGGCAAGGCGGACGGAGCUCCGGACGAUGACCUGGACAUCCACGAUGACCGUCUGUCAUACCUGUCAGCUCCAGGCAGUGAAUACUCCAUGUACAGCACGGACAGCCGCCACACCUCUGACUACGAGGACACGGACACAGAGGGCGGGGCCUACACCGACCAGGAACUAGACGAGACGCUCAACGACGAGGUUGGCCUGUCCACAGAGCCAGCCAUCACCCGCUCCUCAGAGCCCGUCGUCCAGGACCCCUCGUCUGGCGGUUACCCUGGAUACCAGCACAUUGCUGUGACUCUGCCUGACCCGGUCAACCGCAUCCAACCGUCCGGGUUCAAGAUGGCCGCCGCUCCUCAGCAGCAAGACAGUGCUGCUCUGGCCAUUCCUUCCUCUCUGCUACCUGCGGCGGUGGUGCCCCCUGUUGUUGAGGCUGAGUCACAGCACCCUGCACUGCAGGUAGAGGGUAUGACCCCUGAACCCGAGGAGGCGGCUCCGGCUGCAGACUCACUCCCCAGCAGCCAUGCUCCUACUGAGCUAGCCCCGCCCCCAACACCACCACCACUCGAACCCCAACCCCUGUCUGAUCCGCAGCUCGGCCCUGGUCCCAAACCGAAGAUGUACAAGAAGGAUCUAUACAGUCUGGAGGAGCCAGUGAGAGUGAACCACGGCGGCAUGAAGUCGUCUCUGAGCUACACCCACCAGCCCUACCAGGACAAACAGCCAUACCGCCAGUACGACCACCCGCCUUCCGCCUACUGUAGCGACGGGGGCGGGGGGGGCUAUGCCAAACCAAAGCAGCCUCACCAGGGGAACUUUGACUCUCACGCUCCUCACCUGCACUACAACAACCGUGUGCCUCAACACUACGACGACGGCCAGUGGCCCCCCUACGACCAGCAGACCUCUUCUCCUCAGCCCCCGGGGUACCAGACUGGGCCGGGCCACCAGCAGGGUUACACCCCAAGGGGGACCACCCCCUACGAGGACGGCCCCGUCAGGGACUACAGCCCCCCCCAGCCCUGCUACGAUGAGGCCCCGGCGGGGAUGCAGGGCUACGAUGGCAGGCCUCGUCACGGUAAACCUCCAGGGCGGUACGAUGAACCGCCUCCCCCGCCCUUGGCUGGCCCUUACGACGCUCGCUCCCCCUACGAGCCGGAGCCCCCUCACUGCUACCCCCUCAGCUCUCCCCGCUCCCCGGACCCCCCCAAGCAGUAUUACGGAGACUCUGCUCCUGGCCUUAGAUCCCCCUAUAACCCCGGGCCUCCCAGCCGGGGCAGUGGUGGGGGCUACAACCAUGAGCCUCUAAUGAACUCUGACCCGCCCCCGCCCCCUCCCAAACCCGAACCCCUGGCCUCCCCAGGAGAGAUGGGGGCAAACGCGGGGUCAAAACCCCUCCCUCCACCGCCCUGGGGGGAGGAGGAGAGGGACGAACCGGCCAUGAAGCCCCAGUCGGUGCUCAACAGGGUCAAGAUGUUUGAGAAUAAGAGGUCGCUGUCUGUGGACCGGGCCAAGGAGGCUGGCGACUCCACCGUGAUGAGGCCUGCAGACCUGCCCAGACCUGUGACUGCACCUGGCCCUGUCCCCAAAGCCAACUCCCUCAGCAACCUGGAGCAGGAGAAGUCUACUUACAG